CAGUAUGAGGGAGAGAGUAGAGAGCCCGCCAGGCCGCCAAGGCAGGGACCGGGCAGGGUGACUCACUGACUCCCAUCCUCACGUCUCCCUGUAGUUGUACAGCUGACUCAGAGAACUCGGCCAAAACGCUCCACCUGGUUUAAAAUAUUGCAGAAAAAUCUUUCUUCCUCCACGCAUUACUCCCUUCUUUUUCUCUUACUUCUCUCUUCGGUCUUCCUUUGAUUCCAUUACCGAAUAAACCGUUUUUAUUUCUUACUUUAUUUUUCAUCGGAACUCGGAAGCCCGUCUGUUUUCAGCUCUGUACUUCGAUUUAAUUACUUUCCUUUUCUUUGCCUCUUCUUCGGACGCCAAUCUCUGUGAGUAAACCUUCCAAAAUCGUUCCUUUUGUUUCAAUCCUACCUGAAGGCUUGGUCGCUUAACUGCAGAGAUUGGUUGGUUGCAGGUUAGAAGACAAACUUAGCAAGUUUGUGGUGGCACCUGUAAUUAAAGAUUUGAUCGAGUUCUGGAAAUCAGCAUUUAAGAAGGAUUGCCUUUAUAAAUCAUGGAAAGCUCCUUUCAUUAAUCAAUCAACCAAACAGUUUGGGGAAUGGACUGGCUAUAUUUUCUUGAUCCAAGUGUUUACGAAUGAUGUCCACUGGACAAAAGGGUAGAAAUGCUUUCAGCAUAUUCAAUUGGAAAUGGUGUGGCGAAUCAUCGUUAACUAGAGGGCUGCUAAGUGAUGUGCCUCCUGAGAUUGAACUGUCAGACUACAGAAGGCCACCAAGUUCUGGUAGUGAGAGCCCUUCUGGGUUUCUUGAUGGUGAGGGCUUGAAGUUAGAACCUAUUGCUGAUUUGGACCUAUUCUUUGAAAGGCUAUAUAAUUAUUAUUGUGAAAAAGGACUGUGGUGCAUAAUCAUCAAGUGGAUUGUUGAACUCCUAACCCUUGGUUUCACCAUAUGUUUCUCUGGAUUUUUCCUAUUAUUUGUUGAUUGGAAUGGACUGCGCCAGGCAAAGUGUGGAAUAGAUGCAGUUGACUCAGGAAUUAUCAAGUCUUGCGAUCUGGCUAAGGUGGCUCUUCAUCCACAUCCUUUAACCCCCUUCACACUUUCCAAGGGUAUUAUUGUUGGGUACCUGGGUAUAUUUUCUGUCUAUUGGAUCUUCUGUUUCUUGUGGUUUUUUGCACAACUGAAGAACACAUUGGAGAUCAGGAACUUCUAUUAUAAUAGUCUCCAUGUUUCCGACCGUGAAGUUCAAACAACACCAUGGGCAUCAAUUCUUGAAAAGGUUGUUCAGAUACAGAGGUCACAACAACUUUGUGUGGUGAAGGAUCUCUCUGCACAUGAUGUGGUAAUGCGAAUAAUGCGCAAAGAGAACUACUUGAUUGGAAUGCUUAACAAAGGUGUGCUUGCUUUUCCAAUUUCUAAGUGGGUCCCUGGUGUUGGUCCUGCUGUCAACUCUGGCAAAAAUGGAAGAAAGAAUCAUUUAAUACUACCGAAGACUCUUGAAUGGACCUUAUAUUGGUGCAUACUGCAGAGCAUGUUUGAUAGAAACUUUUGUAUCCGGAGGGACUUUAUUUCAAACCCUUCUUCAUUGAGGAAGAGGCUUAUGGCAGUUGGGCUUGGAAUGCUUCUACUUUCUCCAUUUCUUGUCAUUUUUAUGUUGGUUUAUCUCUUCCUGAGGCAUGCUGAACAGUUCUAUAACCACCCUAGCACCGCAUCAUCUAGAAGGUGGUCUAACCUUUCAAAGUGGAUAUUUAGAGAGUUCAAUGAGGUUGACCAUUUGUUUAAACACCGUAUUAAUAGCAGUGUAAUACAUGCAGCUGAAUAUCUAAAGCAGUUUCCCUCCCCUAUUGUUUCUAUCAUUGCCAAGUUCAUUUCUUUUGUUUCCGGUGGUUUCGCUGCCAUUCUGAUUAUAAUUGCAUUUCUGGAGGAAUCUCUACUAGAAGGACAUAUAUUUGGUCGUAACUUGUUCUGGUAUGCUGCUGUCUUUGGAACUGUGACAGCUAUUAGUCGAGCUGCUGUGACUGAUGAACUUCAGGUGCUCAACCCUGAAGAGGCAAUGUCUAUGGUCGUUCAACAUACACAUUAUAUGCCAAAGAGAUGGCGUGGUAAAGAGAAUAAUGAUACAGUACGCCUGGAGUUUGAGACCUUAUUUCAGUACACUGGAAUGAUGUUGCUGGAGGAGAUGGCAUCCAUUUUCCUCACCCCCUACUUGCUCCUAUUCAUUGUACCACAGCGUGUGGAUGACAUUCUGCAGUUCAUCUCAGAUUUCACAGUGGAUGUUGGUGGUGUAGGUCAUGUGUGCAGUUUUAGUACCUUUGACUUUGAAAGCCAUGGAAAUAGCAACUAUGGUUCACCACAUGAUGCACCCCACACCAAAAGGAGCUCCCAGGGGAAAAUGGAGAAAUCAUUCUUAAGUUUCCAGAGCACCUAUCCUACCUGGGAACCAAAUACUCAGGGAAAGCAAUUCCUUGCUACUGUUCACAGUUUUCGAGAGAAGAAAUUACAAGGCCAGGGAAUUCUACAGGGACAAUCACCUCCCAGGAUAUUGCAGUGUAGCCCAAAUCCAAGAGGUCGAACUGACAUGCACAGAUUUUUCUCAAGGGAUGGGCUCUACAGUAACGUGGGUGGCCUUCCUAGAACAGGCAAUCAAUUAGGUUCUGUAUGUCUGGUGAGAGCAGAACAAAAAGAUCAUCCGUAUUUGCUUGAUUGGUACUACACAUCUCGACCUCCUUGUGCAGCCAAUAAUUCAAAUCUACACCCUGAAGUUGCCAAAGAGGACAUUUGGAUGCCAUUUCACAAUUCCACUGCCCAAAUGGAUCCAAGUUUAGAAGAAAAUUGGAGAUAUCCCUUGGAAGAUCGAUUACAAAGUCAUCUAGGUGCUUCCAGCUCAUCAGCUCCUUUCUUUCGAGAAAGUGUGUUUCAGCAUAGUGAUGGGGGUCAUCCAGAACAUCCCACUGAGAACCAUUGGUGGGCCCGAAGUGGUCCAAAUUCAGGGGGGGCCCAGACUAGUUUUCUUGAGCCUCCUAAUUUUGACCAUCACACUGGAACUUACCAUCAUGACAACUUCUCUGAUAGAAGUUCGGAGCAAGAGCAACAUUUGGACUGGAGGAAUUCUCGUAUGUUAUCAAAAACUGUAUACAUGGAUAACUAUGAUUUAGACACAGAAUUCAAUCUCCCAUUCAAUGAUAUUUACAGUAAACCAUUGGAAAUACUGACUAUAAGACCAGAUCCCCCAAGUAGCUAGUGAUAAAUUGCAGCUGGAAUUCUUUAUUUCUUUCAGAUACUAUUCAUAUGCUUCUGUUGGGAUAUGGUUGCAUCAUCUGCCAGUUGAAUGUAAUGUGGAUUUCCAAGGUGGUCGUUUAUCUCUGUUUUACUUGAGGGAGGAAGAUAGUUAUUCUUUGUUGUACAUAAAUUUCACAAGUUCCAGUAAUGUGCUUCAGGAAGGUGGUUUAGGAUUAAAGUAGUCCCCGCACCUGUCGUAGUUGUAAACAUUAAACACAAUUUAUUCAUCAUCAUCCCAAUGUCGUUCAAUUUUAGA